AAGAAUGGAAGAAGGUCAGCUGGAAGCCUCAAAUCUUCCUCCAAAAAUCUGGCAUUCUGAGGUGAGAGUGUCAGUGACAGGUGAACCACCUACUGCUGUAGAAGAAAAUGAAGAAACAGCCAAAGAAACAGCCGUAGAAAUCAUCCCAGAAGUCAUGGAGCCACUCUCCUUUCUAGAUGUACUGAGGAUCUCUGCAGUUCUGGAGGACACCACAGACCAGCUCUCUAUUCUAAACUAUAUCAUGCCAGUUCAGUAUGAAAAAAGAAAAAGUAUCAGCGUGAAGAAUAACAAAGAAAUAAAUUUAGAAGGAAAAAGCUUAGAAAAACUUUCACUGGUCUCAAAACCCUCAAAAAUAUCCGGUCCAUUUGUACAUAAAGAAGAGCCCAAGUUACCAGAAAUCAGACAAGGAGGCCAGUUUAACAAAGUGCAAGAUCUUAUCUUCAAAAAACCUACAAGGCAGAUCAUAAUGAAUACAGAGACACUGAAGAAAAUUCAGAUUGAUAGGCAAUUUUUCAGUGAUGUAAUUACAGAAACCAUGCAGGAGUUGCAAGAUUCAGGCACUUUCACCAGUCUUCUGAAAGCUUUGGGCAAAGAGAGGGAAAACAAAAUGCAUUUCUAUAAUAUCAUUGCCAGGGAGAAAAAUGGAAGAAAAAAGAUAAAAUCUCUUCAAAAACAGCUACUUAAUGUCAAAAGAGAAAGGCAAGCUGAAGUACAGAGUCGGCAUGAAUAUAUUGCUCACCUCAAGGACCAGUUGCAAGAGAUGAAGGCAAAAACCAACAUGGAGAAUCGCUAUAUGAAGAGAAACGCUGAGCUGCAGAUUUCCCAGACCCAGAAAAAAUGUAGCAAAACAGAGGAGCUCUUGCUGGAAGAGAUUGAGAAACUAAGGCUGAAAACUGAAGAAGAGAACCGGAUUCAUGCAGAGAUUGAAAUAUUCCUUAGAAAGGAGCAGCAGAAACUUGAGGAGAAGCUAGAGUUCUGGAUGGAGAAAUUUGAUAAGGACACAGAAAUGAAACAGAAUGAACUAAAUGCUCUCAAAGCUGCUAAGGCCAGUGACUUAGCACACCUUCAAGAACUUGCAAAGGCGAUAAGGGAAUAUGAACAAGUCAUCAUUGAAGAUCGUAUAGAAAAGGAGAAGACCCGGAAGAAGAUAGAACAGGAUCACUUGGAAUUAGAGAGCAGCAUAAAGCUCCAGGCCUGGUGGCGAGGCACUGUGGUGCGGAAGGAAAUUGGUGGUUUCAAAAUGCCCAAGAAGGACAAAGAUGAUGGCAAGGAUUCAAAAGGUAAAGGUAAAGGCACAGACAAGGACAAGCGGAGAGGCAAGAAGUGACCAAGUUAUCUUCUGUCUUUUCUGCUGGUGUUUUGGAGGUCGGAAGGAGGACCU